AUGCUCCAACAAGAGGCCAGCCCACUCCAUGGCGGUAUCCUUGCAGAUGCGUGCGGCCUAGGGAAGACACAAACCGCACUCAUGCCGAUCUACCAGGCAGCACUUUCCCAGUUUCGGCCUCCCUACCGGCCCACCCUCGUCUUAGUGCCCUCGGCACUCAUCGACACAUGGCUCUUAGAGAUCGAGCGGCACUUCGGUGACGCCCUGACUAUCCGGCUGUUCUAUGGUACUAAAGCCCGCACUGAAUAUUCCGAGCGCAAGCUGAUUAUGCUCGAGUCUCUCCCUCAGGUUGAAGCCUUCAUGCGCUGCCCUACCAGCAAAGUCUCCUCGGGCCACACCAUCAUGCUCUCAUCCUAUAACACCUGGGCCACACGUAUGACUACUGGGAUCGACCAAGAGGAGACGAACUUGUAG